GUGCGAAAAUCUAAACCAAAACAAAGACGCGAACAGUAUCAUUCCUUAUCACUGCGCGCGGUGCGCGAUCGUUGCGCGUAGUCUUCAGUAACAACAGAGCGUGAUCGGUCGUUCAUCUUUUCAAAAGGAAUAAUGCUAUUCCUCAAACUAUCGGUCUGGUGCACCUACGUCCUGUAUCUUCUGGGCACCGCCCUGGUGUGGCUGAUUCUGAACGGAUCCUACCAGUGCUACGAGUGGUACCAUUCCGGUCGGUUUCCCUCCAAGUCGAGCUAUGAAUAUAUUAUUGUGGGAACCGGUACGGCGGGGUCGAUUAUUGCCGGUGGUAUUCCGGCGUCGGAAGAUGUACUGGGGCUGGAGGCCGGAUCCAUGCGGUCCGGUUUGAUGGACGUUCCGCUGCUGCAGCCGCUGCUCCAGGGGACGCGGUACGAUUGGGGAUACCGAACGGAAGUGCAGGACGGUGCUUGCGAGGGAUUGAACGAGAGGCGCAGUUAUUGGCCGAUGGGAAAGGUUUUUGGCGGGACGUAUAUGUUCAACAAUAUGGUGCAUUACCGAGCGGAGAGGAAGGAUUUUCGGGAGUGGUUUGGUGGGGAGCAGGUACUGGACGAGUUUAUGGAAGGUUUUGAAGAUGUGGAUGGCGUUGGAGAAUUGAGUUUUAGCACAGAGCUGAGCGAAGCAUUUAUCCAAGCUGCCGGAGAAGCGGGCCUGGAAAAGGAGUUGUUCUAUAGGCCAAAUGUGAGCGUUAGUGGCGGUAGGCGUUGGACAUCGAGCCAUAAGUAUGCUGAUCAAAUCAACGAAGGCCACGAAAUGAUUUUUAAUGCAGUGGUUACUAAGAUCAUCUUCGAGGGUAAGAGAGCCACAGGACUUGUUUUCAGCAAAGCAGGCAAACACGUGCAAGUGAAGGCCACAAAAGGAAUCAUUUUGGCUGCUGGAACAGUUGGAAGUGCGAAGAUACUUUUACAAAGUGGUGUAGGACCCAAAGAGCAUCUCGAUGAGAUCGGAAUAAAGCAAAUCGCAGAAUUAAAAGUUGGAGAGAACCUGCAGGAUCACAUUACUACAGGAAUGGAUUUGGUGCUUCUUUCUAAGCGACUUCCAUUCCGAGUGUGGGAUCUACUGAAUCCCGUGAACAUUGGAAGAUACUUAUUCGACAGUGGCCGUAAUUCGUCCAUAGCUUUCGGAGGCUGCGAAGGUCUGGGAUUCGUCAACUUAGGUUCAAACUUCACUCACAAUCUUGGGUUCAUGGUUCUCCCGGUUGGAAUAACGUUCGAUGCUGGCUACCACCUUCGGAACGUGAUUAAUCUCCGCGAAGAUGUAUGGAACCGCUAUUUCCAACCAUUGGUGGAUCAAGGCGCACAAUCAGUCACCAUCUUGCCGAUCCUUUUACAUCCCGAAAGCAGAGGCACCGUAAAGCUACGAGAUUCCAAUCCACAUUCCAGCCCCCUAAUUCAACCGAACUAUCUCCGCGAGCAGAAAGACAUCCAAACCCUUAUCACCGGUCUAAAAAUACUCCAGCAAAUGACGAAUCAACCCUCCAUGAGGGCUCUCGGAGCAGAACUAAACCCGAAACCUUUCCCAGGUUGUGAGCAACACCCCUUCGGAAGCGAUUCCUACUGGGAGUGCUACAUCAGAGCUCUAACGCUAACCAUCUACCACCCCGUGGGAACCUGUCGUAUGGGACCCGAAGACGAUCCCGAUGCAGUCGUGUCCAACCGGGACUUUCGAGUACAUCAGCUGGACGGGUUGUACGUGGUGGAUGGAUCUAUAAUGCCAAAUUUGCCCAGUGGCAAUCCCAACUCGGUCAUCAUUGCGCUGGCCAAGCACUUUCUAAGAGUAAACUUUUCAGUACAAUAAAUGCUAGUCUGAUAGGA